AUGGAUUGUGUUGGAGGGGAAUCGUCAUGCGUUGUUAGCUCUGGCCAUCAUGACCAGAAAGGCGAUGGAGAUGGGAAUUUGGUCAAAUUUACGUGUUUUUUGUGUGGUCUCACUGAGAAUUGCCGUUAUGGUUUGGUGGAAAUUUCAUCUCGAACACAUUCUUACCGGUAUAAAGAUGAAAUAUACUAUAUGUUGGAUCCAUUCCGAAAUCGAAGUAAUGUGAAUGAAAGGCGGCUAACUCGGACAAGGGAUAACACUGGCAGUAAGGCUUCUGGAAAUAAGACUACGAGCAUUUUCGAUGUACUCGUUUUGGGAGCAAUUUGCAGCAAAUGUGGACAGCCUGUCUGCAUUGGUGAGGAUUGUAGUGUUUUCUACACAAAAACCUUUUGCGUCGCAUGUGUAACUCAAGAGAAGACUUCCUUUCCAAAAAGUUUUAUCGAGCAGAUUGAUGCAACUCGAAGACAGCGUAAAGCUGAACGAAAAGAAGUGAAAACGUCUAUUUGA